AUGACAGCAGAUAAAAUAAACUAUUUAAAAAUAACAGUACCUGAAACAGCAGAAGGCGAAAGAAUUGGAAAAUAUGUCUUGAGGAAUUACCGAGAAGCUGUGAGAUCUAAAGUAAUGUUACAUCGUGCAUUCAAAAGAAAGGAAAUCAGUGUUAAUGGAGUUCCAGCAGAAGAAACGAGAUUAUUGAAAACGAACGAUAUAAUAGAGGUUAGAUAUGAUACAUCUGUUGAAGAAGAAACUAAGAUGAAGGCUAUUCCAAUUCGUAUCUGUUAUGAAGAUGAUUAUUUAGCUGUCGUUUGGAAACCUUCAGGACAGAAUUUUAAUAUUUUUGAAAAAGCCAUCCAUUUUAAUACAGCAUUAAAAGAUUCGAAUGGCGAUAGACAAAAAGUAUGGUGUAUCAAUGAUAUUCAAAAAGCAGCCUCUGGUUUGAUUUUAGUAGCAAAGACACAAUCUGUAAAAGAUGUAUUGAUUGAACAAUAUAAAAAUGAUGAAAUACAAGUGACAAUGCGAGUGCUUUGUCAUGGAUUUAUCUCUACUACAGAUACUUUGCAACUUUUUUUACCUGAACUAAAGAACAAAAAGGACGAAGAAGCCGAAGAGAUUGAAGCAAAUGAUGUUUUAAAAAAGAUCGACAUCAUAUCACAUACACCAUCGAAUAAUGCACAAUAUAUCUCUAGACUUAAUCUUCAGCUUCAUACACCUUUAUCUAGUGUACGCUUAAGAAAGCUUUUCUUCUAUCAUUCUAAACAUCCUAUUAUUGGAAAUUCAAAAUUUACAUUACCAUUAAAGGCAAGCGAUAAAGGAUUAUCUGCUUCUUUAAUUAAACUCUCAUUUAUUCAUCCUAUCAAACAAACAUUAAUUCAAAUUGAAGAAGAAGAACCUGCUAAAUUCAAAGCACUUUGCGAUCGAGAGGCAAGAUUUUAUCAAAAUAAAUUAGAUAGAGAAGCAGAAGAAAUUAGAAAAUCAGGUCUUUCAGAUAUAGACUCGCUAGAACGAAAGGAAGGUCAAUUAUUAGCUUAUGUUUUGGGACAAAAGGAGUUUUGGAAAAAGAUGUUUAAAGUAACCAAGGAUUGCUUAAUCCCUCGUGCAAGUUCGGAAACAUUAGUUCGAGCUGCUGUUACUGUAUUAUCGUCACAACAGAAUGCAAAAAGGAUUAUUGAUGUCGGGACAGGUUGUGGUAAUAUCUUGAUCUCUAUUCUAAAUGAAAUUCCUUCGGCAAUAGGUGUUGGUAUUGAUAUCAGCAGCGCUGCUCUGGAGGUAGCAAAAGAAAAUAGCCGUAACUUAUUGUCAGAUAAUCAUCGUGUAGAAUGGCGUAUACAAGAUAUGUCAACUUUGGAUAGGAAUAAUGAAUUCUUUGAUGUACUAGUGUGCAAUCCUCCUUAUUUAGACUAUACCAAGGCAAAUAGAAGAAGAGAUCAACGUGCUUUAUUCGAACAAGAGCCUGCUGAAGCUUUAUUUGCGAAAGAUAAUGGAUACGAAUGGUAUCGUGUUCUUAGUAAUGUCGCUUCUCAUGUUGUUCAGCCUGAUGGCUUCGUUAUAUUGGAAUGUGGGAAGGGGAUGAUGGAAUAUGUAAUAGAUAUUUGGGCUAAUGAUUGGGAAAAAGAUUCAAGCUAUAAAGAUUAUCAAGGGUGGGAUCGAUGUCUUGUUCUACGACGUAAAAAAAAUUGCACAUAA